CUCGGACAUGGCGCCCACCUGCCCCGCGGCAGCAGCCGGCUCCGGCGCCGCGGUUCGCGGGUCCGGGCAGGAGAGCAGCUCGAGCUUCAGUCGCGGGGCGGAAGGGGGGGGAGGGGGCGGCGGCAGCGGUGGCGGCGGUGGCGCCGCCCGCGGGCCUGGGUGUUAGAGCCGAGGGCGCCCGGGGACCGGCGGGCGGAGCGCAGCGGGGCGCCGCCGGCCCCGGGGCGCAGCAGGCAUGGUGUCCCAGGCGCUGCAGCUGCUCCGGCAGGGCGUGUGGGCCGCGCUCACCGGCGGCUGGUACCACGACCCGGAGCAGAGCAAGUUCACCAACAGCUGCCACCUCUACCUGUGGCUGUUCCUGCUGCUGCUGCCCCUGGCCUUGCACCUGGCUUUUCCUCCAAAUGCCAUCACUGUAUUUUUUUACUGCAGUUCAGUGACUAUAUUCUUCACCAUAAUCAAAUUGGUCAGCUAUCGCCUACACCUCAUGUUUGAUAAAGGAGAAGUAAUUCAGCAGAGGCCCUCCAAAAAGAAAGAAAAGCCAAGUAAAGACAAAGAGGCCAACAAGGAACACAUGACUAAUCACAAAAAUCAAAGCAGCACCAGGCAGAUUAACAAUGGCAAAAAGGAAGAGCCUCACCGGAACCUCUCCACGCCUCCCCUCCGCUGCAGCUCCAGAGGGCAGAGCAUAAACUCUCAGCACUCAUCUGGGCCACUGGAGUUGCCGGCACAGGAAACAGUGGAAGAUCUCAAAGGUGUCAUUCUCUCAGAAGACCAACCUGUAGCACCUGUGUUAUCUACCUCACCUGGUGUCAGAACAGGAAGUAAAGUGUGCGCGCCGGAAACCACGACCACGCCAGCGAUCCCCAGGAAACCAGCUGUGGCAGGAAGUCCAGCCAGCGACGAAGGGAAAGAGAGGGGAGGCAGGCGGCAGCCCCCGCUCCGCCACAGGUCCGAGGGCGGCUUAGUGGAGAAAGAAGCCUCGAAGAAGUUGCCACACCUGUCUCUGUCUCAGUACGACUUACUAGAAACCGAUGUCUCUUUCCAGCCUUGGGGGAGUGAGAAUUCAGUCCUGAGUCCCGAACCGGCGAAUUACGCCUCGGGCUCCUUAAGGGACCGGUGGCAAAGGGAGUCCCCUCCAGACAGCCUGAGCAGUAGCUGCCCUCAGUGCAACACUGUAAUCGCCAGACCUGCACGUGCGUCACCGGGUGCCUCCCGGCAGGCGGACCCGCCCUUGAAGCAGGAAGUGGACUACUCAGACAGCGAGGUAGCUGUCACUCUCAUUGAUACUUCUCAACCUGGAGACCCACUGAGUCUGCAUGAACCCAUUAAAAUUGUCAUCACCAUGAGCAGUACUCCGAACUCCAUGACAGACUUGGAAAGUUCGCUCCACCUAAAGGUGAUUGGCACUGAGAGAGCUGGCUUCACGUCUGACGCUGAGCCGGCUGCCCCGGGGGUGGCCAGUCCUCCCAACCCGGAGCAGAUAAGAAUUCCUGUCAUCACACUGGAGCUCUCUGAGGAUGGGGCAGGAGGCGCCGUGUGUCCCGAAGGCAGUGGAGGUGACAGGAGUCCCGAGAGAUUGAUGGUGGAGGCAUCAUCCAAUCAGUGUUCUGGCUACGAAUCUGGGGAAGGAGGAAAUGCCACAAAGGAUGGCAGUCCUUCCCCCACAGGAGACCGCUGUGAAGCAACCCCCCCAUUCACGCCUCACGCGGCCCCUGAGGCGGAGGGGGGAAAGGAAGGCCAGGCUAACCUUGACCCAUCAUCUUGUAAAACCAGCUAUGAGAAGAGACACGCCCGGGUUCUCAGCGUGGACAGUGGUACAGAUGUCUUGAGCAAAAGUUCCGCAGAAAUUAUUAGCGAUAAAGAAAAAACAAUACCAACUUCCAAAUCUGACCUGGAGGCUAAGGAAGGACAAAUACCAAAUGAAUCCAACUUCCUCGAAUUUGUCUCCCUAUUAGAGUCAAUCAACACUUCCAAGCUGGCGGCGUCCAACCAAAGGAACGGCUCAGUGGAGCAGAACAAAGACAGUGGGCUUCUCGGAGAUACCUGCUCCCAGGAGAAAAGGGAGGAAAUCCAGGAACGUGAAAAGCCUAAUGGACACAGUUCCAAACAAGGAAAACCAGAUGUGCAAAGUCAAGACCACACUAGCACCAGCCCUGUGUUCACCGAGCCUGCCAAGAUCACGACCCUUUUCCAGGGCAAUAGACAAAGACAGAUAAUCUACAGGGUAACUUCCCAGCAAGACAGCUCCGUCUUGCAAGUUAUCAGUGGGCCUGAAACAUCUGUGCAAGAUGAGAUGUCUGUGGAUGCUAUGCAUGUCUUCAUCGAUGAACACGGGGAAAUUAGAUCCUGUUAUUUAAAGUCCGGAAAUCAGAAAGAAGGCCCUUUACAGUAUCAGCCAUCAAAUUAUGACAGUUUCUCUCGUGCUCGAGACAUACAGAUCAGCUCCUCCAGUACCACGACUUCUGAGAGUCAGGAUCCUUCUUCUGGGGACCCUGCGGUCAGUGCGCUUCAACAACAGCUGUUGCUAAUGGUGGCUCGGAGGACCCAAUCGGAAACCCCGCGGCAUCUGAGCCAGGAUCUGGAAGACUCGUCAUGUUCUUCAACACAAGGAAAAUUUAACCGAGAGCAGUUUUACAAGUUUAUCAUUUUCCCUGGCAAGUGGAUUAAAGUCUGGUAUGAUCGACUUACCUUGUUGGCGUUACUUGAUCGAACUGAAGAUGUCAAGGAAAAUGUGCUGGCAGUUUUACUCAUUGUCCUGGUUUCCCUACUCGGAUUUCUGACCUUGAACCAAGGCUUUUGCAAAGACAUGUGGGUGCUCCUCUUCUGCCUUGUCAUGGCCAGCUGCCAGUAUUCCCUGUUAAAGAGCGUUCAGCCUGACCCCGCCUCGCCAAUACACGGACACAACCAAAUCAUAACAUAUAGCAGACCAAUCUAUUUUUGUGUGCUGUGUGGCCUUAUUUUGCUUCUUGACACAGGGGCCAAAGCCCGGCACCCUCCCACUUACGUUGUCUAUGGCCUGAAGCUCUUCUCUCCAAGGUCCCUCCAAUCAGCUAGGGACCUAUUAAUAGUAUUUUUAUAUUGCUUCCCUGCGAUUUCCCUCCUUGGGCUCUUCCCGCAGAUCGACACUUUCUGCGUUUACCUUCUGGAACAGAUUGACAUGCUGUUUUUUGGAGGUUCUGCCGUUUCCGGGAUGAUGUCGGCUGUUUACAGCGUGGCCCGGAGUGCUGCCUCCGCUGCCCUGCUCCACGUGCUCUGCUUCAGCGCCGUGAAGGAACCGUGGAGCACUCAGCACAUCCCAGCGCUGUUUUCAGCCUUCUGUGGCCUCCUGGUCGCGCUUUCCUACCAUCUGAGCCGGCAGAGCAGUGACCCCUCUGUGCUCCUGUCCUUCAUUCAUUGUAGAUUGCUUCCUAAAUUUCUACAUCAGAACCUGGAAGAGUUGGCCGCCGACCCUCUUCCUAAGAAGAUGAAAGGCUCGGUGAAGGAUAUCUUAAAAUCGGAUCUCAUUAUCUGCUCAGUGGCUGCCGUUCUGUCAUUUGCAAUCAGUGCCAGCACUGUGUUCCUGUCCUUGCGACCAUUUCUCAGUGUCGUGCUGUUUGCCCUGGCUGGCUCGGUGGGGUUUGUGACCCAUUACAUGCUUCCUCAGCUCCGCAAGCACCAUCCGUGGAUGUGGAUUUCACACCCCGUUCUUAAAAACAAAGAAUAUCAGCAGCGGGAAGUGAGAGAUAUCACCCAUCUAAUGUGGUUUGAAAGACUCUAUGUCUGGCUUCAGUGUUUUGAAAAAUACAUCCUGUACCCAGCAAUAAUUCUGAAUGCCCUCACUAUUGAUGCAUUUUCAAUAAGCAAUUACCGGAGACUCGGUACCCACUGGGACAUUUUCCUGAUGAUCGUUGCCGGCAUGAAGCUGCUAAGGACCUCCUUCUGUAACCCCGCUCAUCAGUUUAUUCACGUGAGCUUCACUGCGAUCUUUUUCCAUUUUGACUACAAAGAUCUGUCAGAGAGUUUCUUACUGGAUUUCUUCAUGGUGUCCAUUGUGUUCAGCAAGCUCGAGGACCUGCUUCACAAGCUACAGUUCGUCAUGACAUACGUGGCUCCUUGGCAGAUGGCUUGGGGUUCUUCAUUUCACGUGUUUGCUCAGCUCUUUGCAGUCCCUCAUUCUGCCAUGCUUCUCUUCCAGACGAUGGCCACCUCAAUCUUUUCGACCCCUCUGAGUCCAUUCCUCGGGAGUGUCAUUUUCAUCACCUCGUACGUUAGGCCGGUGAGAUUCUGGGAGAAAAACUACAACACACGGCGUGUGGAUAACUCCAACACGAGACUGGUGGUCCAAAUUGAAAAGGAUCCAGGGAAUGAUGACAAUAAUCUUAAUUCCAUCUUUUAUGAGCACCUGACAAGGGCCCUGCAGGAGUCCCUCUGUGGAGACUUAGUUCUCGGCCGAUGGGGUAACUACAGCUCUGGCGAUUGCUUUAUUUUGGCUUCAGACUACCUCAACGCUUUUGUUCACCUGAUUGAAAUCGGAAAUGGUCUUGUCACCUUUCAACUUCGAGGACUGGAAUUUCGAGGAACCUACUGCCAGCAGAGAGAGGUCGAGGCCAUCAUGGAAGGUGAUGAGGACGACAGAGGCUGUUGCUGCUGUAAACCGGGCCACCUGCCGCACCUGUUGUCCUGCAAUGCUGCAUUCAACCUCCGCUGGCUCACCUGGGAGAUCACACGAACACAGUACAUCCUGGAGGGCUACAGCAUCAUAGACAACAACGCAGCCACCAUGCUACAGGUUUUUGACCUGCGUAGGAUCCUCAUCCGAUACUACAUCAAGAGCAUCAUAUACUAUAUGGUAACGUCCCCCAAACUUCUCUUGUGGAUCAAAAACGAAUCACUUCUGAAGUCCCUGCAGCCUUUUGCGAAGUGGCAUUACAUUGAGCGUGACCUCGCAAUGUUCAACAUUAACACCGAUGAUGACUACGUCCCGUGUCUCCAGGGGAUAACACGAGCCAGCUACUGUAACGUUUAUCUAGAAUGGAUUCAGUACUGUGCGCGGAAAAGACAAGAGCCUUCCAAGAACCUGGACAGCGAUGAGGACUCUCCUCUAGUGACCCUGUCCUUUGCCCUGUGCAUCCUGGGGAGGCGAGCUCUGGGAACGGCAGCUCACAACAUGGCCCUCAGCCUGGACUCUUUCCUGUAUGGCCUUCACACCCUCUUCAAAGGUGACUUUAGAAUAACAGCACGAGACGAGUGGGUAUUUGCCGACAUGGACCUUCUGCAUAAAGUUGUCGCCCCGGCCAUCAGGAUGUCCCUGAAGCUUCACCAGGACCAGUUCACUUGCCCCGAUGAAUAUGAAGACCCAGGGGUCCUCUAUGAGGCCAUCCAGUCCUUCGAGAAGAAAGUCGUGAUCUGCCACGAGGGCGACCCGGCCUGGAGGGGCGCCGUGCUGUCCAACAAGGAGGAGCUGCUCACCCUGCGUCACGUGGUGGACGAGGGCACUGACGAGUACAAGGUCAUCAUGCUCCACAGGACCUUCCUGAGCUUCAAGGUGAUCAAGGUUAACAAAGAAUGUGUCCGCGGCCUCUGGGCCGGGCAGCAGCAAGAGCUCAUAUUCCUUCGCAACCGCAACCCGGAGCGCGGAAGCAUCCAGAACAACAAGCAGGUCCUCCGAAACUUGAUUAACUCCUCCUGUGACCAGCCCUUGGGGUACCCCAUGUACGUCUCCCCACUAACCACGUCCUAUCUAGGGACCCACAGGCAGCUGCAGAGUGUCUGGAGCGGCCCUGUCACUUUGGACGGCAUCAGGACGUGGUUCCGAACCAAGUGGUUAAGGAUGCGGAAGGGCUGUAACGCCGGCCAGCAUGGUACAGGCAACAUCGAAGACGUGGAUGGGAGGGCUGCCCCGUCUGCAGGAGGCGGCCGCGCUCCGGGCGGCGAGAGCCAGGAGAGCAGCACCGAGCAGCCCAGAAAAGAUGGGACCCACCACUGGUCACCACACGAAGGGACACAGAGGACAGGCGGGAGGAAAGGCCGGAGCCAGUCUGUCCAAGCACACGAGGCAUUGAGCCAAAGGCCGCCCGGGCUGAGCUCAUCGGGCCCCAUCCUAGAGAGCCACCCGGCCUUCCUGCAGACGUCCACGUCGGUCCACGAGCUGGCCCAGAGGCUCUCGGGCAGCCGGCUGUCCCUGCACACCUCAGCCGCGUCCCUGCACUCGCAGCCCCCACCGGUCACCACCACGGGCCACCUGAGCGUCCGCGAGCGGGCCGAGGCGCUGAUCAGGUCCAGUCUGGGCUCGUCCACCAGCUCCACCCUGAGCUUCCUCUUCGGCAAGAGGAGUUUCUCGAGCGCUCUGGUCAUUUCUGGACUCUCUGCCGCGGAGGGGGGCAACACCAGCGACACCCAGUCAUCCAGCAGCGUCAACAUCGUCAUGGGCCCCUCGGCCCGGGCCGCCAGCCAGGCCACACGGCACCUCUCUGAGCCGUGUGAACCCACCGAGGCCACCGAGCAGGGGCAGCAGCUUCGCGACCGCCGUCUGGCCGAGGCCAUGGCAGAGAACGGGGGGCUGAUGUGCAGGAGAGCAAGCCAGGAGGACAUGGGCCUGGACGACACGGCUUCCCAGCAAAGUGCGUCCGAUGAGCAGUAGGGGGGCAGGGCUGGCCAGGAGCCCCUCCUGUGGAAAAACGAGGGCUGCUGUAGCCAACAGUGACUUUACCUCGGGUUCUGGAAGAGUCUCACGUGAGGAUAAAACACGGGGCAGCACACCCCCUUCCCCCGACACUGCUCCAAGCCACCCCUGGAGCCCCCCAGACGUGGGACGCACAACACACUUUCCAGAAUUUGAAAAUUCUAACAAAAAGCCAUGUAAUAUCUUAAAUAGAGUAAGUAGAGCGCAUAAAUAACUCUUUCCUGCCCUGAAGAAACUAAGACAAGUGCAUGUUAAUAAUUGGCAUUUUAUACAUUACCGUUACCACGUUAAAGGGACAGCAGCACCCAUCGUACCAUCCGCUGGUCAAACACAGUAGGGUUCAAUCUACGCAUAAAGAAAACCUCACUUCUUUAUAGUAUUUAUGCAGACGUCAAGUAUAAGCCAGCGGCGGCUUUUCUGCAAGAAACGUGGUAGUGCAUGAAGUCGGGUCUAAAGUAUCCCGUGAGAGAUCCAGCGACGCUAGCGACCCAAGUGUAGAAAUCUAGGCCUGUGGGGGGAGCACGGAAAGCCAUUUGGAAUCCCAUGACGCUCAGCUGUAGUCCCCGGCUUCCCACAACCAGGCCUGUCUCGCCCGGCGCUCCCAUACGCUCACAGGAAUGUUCGCUGGUUUUCCGAGCCGAGCGAUCCUUCCCGGGUCACCGAACACUUGCACACACCUUCGUUUUUGGAAUUAAAAUGUUUACAGUUAC